AUGACACAUAACAGUGACAGUAAAAUCGUCAUUGAUAAGCUGGCUGACAUAGAUGCCUCUGAAGAAUCAUGGAAUAUUCGUGUUCAAGUUGUCAUGAUUUGGAAACAGACAUACAAAAACAAACCGUACAUGAGCACAAGCAAAAUGACACAUAACAGUGACAGUGAAAUCGUCAUUAAUAAGCUGGCUGACAUAGAUGCCUCCAAAGAAUCAUGGAAUAUUCGUGUUCAAGUUGUCAUGAUUUGGAAACAGACAUACAAAAACAACCCAAACAUGGUCAGCAACUUGGACAUGAUUUUAAUAGACCAGGAGAGCACAAGCGAAAUUGCACAUAACAGUGACAGUGAAAUCGUCAUUGAUAAGCUGGCUGACAUAGAUGCCUCUAAAGAAUCAUGUAAUAUUCGUGUUCAAGUUGUCAUGAUUUGGAAACACACAUACAAAAACAACCCAAACAUGGUCAGCAGGUUUGACAUCAUUUUGAUGGACCAGGAGGUCACUAGAAUACAUGCAACAACCAAAAAAAAUCUCAUAAAUGCAUUUCAAGCCCUCCUGGAAGGAGCUAUAAGGCAAAUCACUAACUUUGGCAUGGCCAGAAACGAAGGAGAUUACAUAAAUUUUGACACUCGUGUUGCAUUUGAUUUUAUUGGUCAAGUUGUAUCUACUGAACCCAUGAGAGUGAUUAAGGAGAAUGCAAGGGAAACAAGGCUAAUGAGUAUUGUUGCACAAGAUCUGAGUCGUAGGAAAAUGCAAGUUGCUUUGUGGGAUGGUUUUGCAUUGAAGUUGAACAACUACAUAUCUGAACAUCAAAAUGAAAAUUCUCUUGUGAUCAUCCUCCUACGUAUGGUAAAGCUCAAGACUUGGGGUGCCACAAGUCGCAUUGCUGAUAUCGAUUUGAAUGUUGAGUCUUCCAUUAAUACUACACAACUUAACACAGAAACUGUUGUGGCCAAGCCAGAAGACUACUACCUCCGUUUUCAAAUCAAAAACAUUGAUGAUAUUCUAGAUUACAAUGAGGAUCAAGGACGCCAAAAGAUCCCCGAUGAGUUUAAUACGAUGCUUAAUAGGAAGUUUGUUUUUAAAGUUCAGAUUUCAAAGUUUAAUCUCGAGAACAAUUAUCACGCCUACACCGUUCAUAAGAUGGCUGAUGAUGAACUUGUAGUUGGUGCAGUUUUCAACAUUCACCUGCAUACGAAGAAAACAAUAUUCAUUCUGAUGGAAAAGAGUGUUUCUGUUGAAGGUGACAAUAUUAAUGUUGUUGAUCUUGAUGCGGUGACACCGACAACUACUUCACUGAAACGCCCUAUUGAGAUUAUUACCACCACUGAAUCGUUUGAAUGGUCUUCCUCAAAAGAUGGUGUUGCUCCUCAUACCCUUAAGAUUCCAAAAAUGGAAAAACUAGAAUAA